CCACAUGAUGGAGAGUUUGCUGUUGGAAGAUUUGCAUCAAAAUCCCCAUAGACUAUCCGUCUGUGGAAAGAUAGUCUUAUUUAACUGCAAACGUGCUUCCGCCUCAAAUGACAACGAGUUAAGUGAGUUAUUAUUCAGCAGCUUUUCAUUUAAACGGGAACACAACGCCUUCCUGAAGGCAGCUGACGGAGCAGCUGUCAUCAGCAGGAAGAGAUCAGCGCAUGUUGAUGUUUUGAGAUGUAAAUCUGCCGUAGAUGUCGAGAAGAGAUUCACCACACCCUGUGUUUUAGUGGUAAAGAAGAACGAGGAAGCGGAUAGCUUCCAGUAUAAUCUUCUCUCACUUAGCAGCUCAAACCGACUGGAGCCCUGCAUUGACUUUAAACUCCCUUAUAAAAUAAGGGAAAACGUGUCUAUCCUCCAGGGCCCCACAGUGUUGUGGAGCCAUGCUGGCAGUGUCUUCUAUACAUCCUUGCAGGUUGGAGAGGUGAGACAGAUCCCCUUUCAGUUGUCCCACAGUGUUUAUGGAGAACUCCCUCUCUCCAAAGGGCAAGUAUUUGUUAUUGGACUGCAAAACUUGUCAGAACAGUGCUCAGAUAAUCAGUCCACAAGUCAAACCCUGGGCUAUUUUAUUGAGAGUGGACACAUGUUUGACGGCUCUAUGAUUGUACCUCAUCCAUACAUUUCCAUCAUAAGGUGCAUCUUGGUGCUGUCAGCAGACAAAGUGGAAGGUGUGCUAAAAUCUGCUGUGGUUGCAGCCACCUGUACUGGACAACUUGUUUAUUUUGAGAAUGGCACGGUAAAAGACACAUGUCAGGUCCCAUUUGAGCAACCUGAAGAUAUUCAGGUGGUCAACACAGGAAGAAACGGAGUCCUCUUUGUCAUAUCUUUUCACCAGGGGCAUGUUUGUGCCAUAUGGAAGGAAACAUUUGAGAUAGCCUCCCACUGGUCAGGUGUCAGCUCCGUCCACGUGGACGACUUCUUGGGAUGUGGAACAGACCAGAUGCUGCUGGUUUUUAAAGAUGAAGGUGAACCAGGACAAAUACUGGAACAUUUCCUCAUCACUGACCUCUGUGGCAUUUCAUAUUCUUGUGGUCAGGACAGCGGAGCAGUGAAGUCAUCUCCUCCGCCAGCAGAGAACUAUCUCCUUACUCUUCAAGCUUUAGAGUCCAGACUUCAGAGCGGAUUGACGGUGCUUCAGGAGCUUCAAGGAGAAGUUAGAGUGAAGGAAAGAGUUCUGCAGCAGUCGGUGCGAGCCCUCACUGAUGUUGUAUCAGAGAGAGAGAUGAUUCUCACCGAGCAUGAACAGGAAGGUCUUAUUGCUCUGUGGGACAGUGAUGAUGAGUCAAAGGAUGAGGCCUUGGAUGACAAGAUGCGAGACAUGCCAGCAGUGUCUUCAAAACCUCAAGUUGACAAGCUGUGGCAUCGCAUCGCUGAGGACCGAAUGGUCGUGGGAGUGAUACUAUCUACUGACGGCUCUGUACCAGCGGCCAGUGUGAGUUUAUCUGUCCUGACAGAGACGGGACAGAGCUCAACGCCCGCAGUCAUCCAGACCCAGAGCCAAGUGUUCUGGCUCCCCGCUCUCAGCCCUUCAUCGCCAUCAUCCUCCUCCUCCUCUUCUGCCUCCACAUUCCCAGAGCCGGCAGCAAAAAGAAGCAAGCAACACAACGCCGGCAGACCAAAUGAUCUCAACACAUGCAGACUGGCUGUGACUGCUGUGACCAGGCUGACACCUCUGUUGAACUCUGGCUGUGUCAAGUGCCGUGUCAUGCUCCAUUAUGUCCAGAGACAAGAUACUUUUGCCCUCGUGAGCAACCCAACACCGGCUGUCCUGCAUUGUGGUCAAGUCACUUUAGAUUUCCAAAGUGAUUUCCAAACCCAACUGUUGAAAAACCCCAAACUCAAAACAGAUGAGGUUACAGAGGACUUGCUGAGUCUGUUGGCGUUGCUGGAUUGCUGGGUGUUCCACAUAGACUCUCCUGAUCACAGCCUAGGUGAUAUAGAUGGCUGGAUUCAGAAAAGAGUGGGCUGUAAGAGGAUAGAAGUGGGCCCUCAGUAUCUUCUGUUAAAUUCGUCAGGACUGUCGGCUCUCAUGCUGCUGCAGUGGCAUCAGAUGACCCCUUUCCAGGGGGAACUGUCUGUCCACUCCAGCCAGUUACCGAUGCUCCAGUUCCUGGACUCUCUGUUGGCUUACCUCCCCGCAUCUUGCUCUGUCCAGGCUGUCAAAGGUACAAGAAGGCAGGGUGCAGCUCAAAUAUUCUCUUUGGCGUUGGAAAAAGAGGUGGCGUCACUCAGAGAGUUUGUAUCAUUGCUGCUCUGUGGAGAACAGGAAGAUGAGGAGAGGAGAAGAAGCACUGGACAUGAGGAGACCCCUGAGCCAGGUUCUGUAGAGGGGCUCAAAAGGUGUAGAGAGGUGUGGCAGCAGGACCUGGAGAGGAGUAGGAUAAGGUUGAGCCCCCUGGUGGAUGUGGGGAGGUAUCGCAGGCUUACCCAAAGCCUCACCCAAGUCCAGCUUGACGGGGAUUUGGCAGCUCUUGUAGAGACUCAGAGAACUUUGCUCAGCUAAUAUGCUGUUGAUGUGGUUAUUGUUGAAAAUCCCAUUGCUACAUCUGUUACCUGGACAACCAGUGUUUGUAUCAAUGGUACUAAAAUCAACUGAAAAGGCAGUUUAUUGUGUAUGCUGUGCACAUUUAACCUGUAGAGAGAGCGCAUCCUCCCAUUGCUGACUUGGUUAUGUUCUGAGCUGAACUGCCUGUGUCUGACAGACAACCUCUUGGGGUUUGCUGUGUAUCUAUUGGUGUCUGUCGCUCUGUAGAGCCUCAGCUCAGCCUAUUUCCAUUGGAUCCCCUCCUGGGUUUCACAGCCUUAAUCUGAUAGUGAUGUGAUACUGCUCUCUCCUCAGCUUAUUCCUUCUGUUCAUGUCCCUUUAGACCCUCAGUGUUCAGAAACACUCUUUAAUGCCUGUUGCUGCCGUUUGCUAUUCAUUAGGAGAAACUACUAUUAUCCCACAGUGAACAGUUUGCCUUAAGAAUAAAGACAACAGAUGAUGGUCGAGCAAGAGCAAAAUAUAUCUGCUCAGCGGCUGUAGUUGAGUGAAAGCUUUUAGUGGUACUUUUCCCGCACGGUUCAGUUAUUUUUCUGUGAAACGAUGCAAAGAAAAAAGUCCUUGGAUGCUGUUUCUCCUAUGAUGCCGCGCAGGCUGUCAGCACUGUAAGUUAAAAUGCCACUUUACCAAGUGAACAUCAAACCCUACUUAAAAGGAUCUAGUCAUUGCUGGAUACAUAAGGUCUCUGGCAGCUUGACCAGCAGUGUUUACUAAAAUGGUUGGUGAGGCUUUUUUUUUAAUCCCAACAGGGACUGAAAAAUGUGGAUGUGAAUUAUGUUUGUCAGAGCUCCGGAGGUACUCAAUCUGUUUGUAGUACUUUGAGGAGAACUUAACUCCCCCUCUUCACACCUUUAAUGUCUCUGCCCUAAUGCCUGCAACAGCUUCCGCUGGACUCACAGCCACAAGACUCCUCUAAAUAUAGCCGAAACAUUUACUUCAGAUUCUCCUAUUUUCGUGAGCAUUUCCCAAUAUGUUAUUUUCGAUGGUGAUGCUGCUGUGGGUUCAUAAAACGUUAAAAGAAACCUAUUUUUGUCACGUUGAAAAUAAAACUCCUGUUUGCAGCUCUGUCAGCUAUUGCUGAUAUAUUCAGACAACAUAACUUCCGUCACCAUGCAAGUUGAUCACACACACACAUUUUUUUUUCCCUCUUUAAUCCCUCACAAACAGAAAAGAGGCAAACUACUACCCCGCCUUUCUUGGCUGCAAGACAAACACCUCUGUCACUUCUAAUAAUGGAGAAGAAUUGUGAAUCCUGCACAGUAAAUAACACCAGUAAAUGGCCAGGGGGACAUGGAUCACAUGUGAAAAUGAAAAUUCAAUUGUAUUGGUGUUCCCUUAAAGCCCUGCCUGCCACCUGGAGUAAAAUAUAUGGUUUGUCAUCCCAUUAUUGCCUGUUAACUUAUAUUAAGUCUGAGUGGUGGAUGAAGGCUGCGCUGAAGCCUCCUCACCUUAAUGGGGUAUGAAGAGGUGUGAUGCUGCUGUUAUGAAACGUCGCAGACAUGGAGAAGACCAAAUACAGUCUCCAUCCAGCUUAUAAAUAUGUCAGUUAUUUGACAGAUUUCUACAUCUUUUGACCUUUUGAGGAUGUAUUUAUGAAUGAUAAUAUAUGUAAAGACCCAAUCUUUAAUUUUGUGACCAAACUCAUAAUGUUUUAUUAUUAAUAGAAGGAAACUCUGCAUUUGAACCUUUUCUCAUCUGAACGUAAUCUCAAAUAAAGUACAGUUAUAUUGCUAGCCUCAAACUCUGCGUUUUAAAUUGGGUGUGGCCCUUUUGUUUACAUUUGAAUCACAGAUUGGUUCUCUAUAUCAACAAUAUCAAGUAAAGACAUCCAUAGUGAUGAAUAAUGCUGUUAAGCCAUGUUUAUAUUGAUGCUGUAUGAUGAGGGCACUGGUCUCUGGUCCCUAGUUUCUGCCUGCAGUCGACUUUUAUUGAUCAGGGUCACAGGCUUUCCUUUCCUCUGGACUAUGGCAAUCAGUGGGUCAACCAUAGUGGGAGGCCAUUGAUUAUAUCUACAUUGUUGUAGUGCACAGCCCACACACACAGUAGUGUACAUGAUUGUGUAUGCAGAAAGCUCUGAUGUGAGGCAACACUUGAAGAGAGAAAAUCCUGAUGAGUUUGCCAUAUUUAAUUUUAAUAUUGCCGUAUUUAAAGUCCCCCUCCAAUCAAAAUUCAGCUUUUCUUCUUGUUCCUUCA